AUGUCCGCGCCGCUGUACAACGCACUGAUCCGCACGCACCACAUCACCUCGCGCAAAAAGGUCGCGAAGCUGCGCGCCGCGGCCUCGAACCACAAUGUCUACGCGCUCCUCCGCUACGGGGGGUGUCCCGGCGUGAUGUACUGCCAGGGCCUGGAGGCGGGCGUGCGCGACUGGGUCGCCGACGUGCAGCGUCUGCGCUACAAGGACUUCCAGCUGGUGAGGAAGCCGGCGCAGAAGCACGCGAACGGCCCGGCAGAUAGUAUCAAGUACGGCAAGCUGGAGGAGCUGGAUACUGUGAAGGAGUUUGGGGCGCAGAUGGAGAGUUUUGGCGUCUGGGAGUGGUGGAGGGUCGGUAUGGGGUAUCAGAAGGAUGCUUCGCAGCCGUGAGACUCGACGUCUUACGCUGUGGAUUUCACAUGGACGGAUGAACUAUGGUGUAGCGUCAAGAUCUCAAGAUUCCAUCGAUGUUGAGACUGGCCUGCGAGACUGUGCUCGUGGCGAUUCAAAAACUUAUGCACAACUGGAUUCUACACAAGCAUGCUGUGCGCCUCAAACGCAGACCAUACUCAGCCAACACCACCGCGC